GAAAACGUUUAGUAAACAGAGGUGUGCCGGAUCGCCGCCUUACAGAUACCCAGGCAGUUGCUGUCAACCGUUUUAAGGGGAAGGAACGAGGUAUACACCUACACUCACCGAAAUCGAAAUGUCGAUUACCCUAGAGGAGGAGAUCUUUGGCCUGGCCGUCAAUCCCUUCACCAAAUCUCCGGAAAUGGUGCGCCGGUACACGCUAAAGAACUCCAAGGGCAUGUCUGUUUCAGUGAUCCAACUAGGUGCAAUCAUCCAAAGCGUAUGCCUGCCGGACGCCUACAAAAAGGUCGAUGACGUGUGUCUAGGGUUUGAUGACAUCGCUAGUUAUGUGGCCAACAAGGGAGCCUACAUAGGAGGAACUCUCGGACGAGUGGCCAACCGAGUGGGAAACGGCGAGUACACAGUGAACGACACGAAAGUGUCUGUGACCAAAAACAUCGAUGAUAAGUUUCAGCUACACGGUGGCUUCGUGGGAUUUGACAGUGUGAUCUGGGAAGUGGUUCAGAAGACCUCCGAGGGGGUGGUCUUCCGUCACGUAUCGCCACAUGGCGACGAGGGCUAUCCUGGCAAGCUAACAUGCCUGAUCACCUACCAGCUCGACAAUGAGAAUCGGUUGUGGGUCAGAUUCGAGGCAACCACAGAUCGUUCGACAAUGGUCAAUCUCUCGAACCAUGCCUACUUCAACCUAGCCGGUCACGGUUCUGGAGCAAAGGGUCUGGCGCAGCAUACAGUGGAGAUAGCUGCCGACCACAUCGUUGACACUGAUGAACUACAGAUUCCCACGGGAAAGUUGGUGGACGUUAAGGACACCGUCUUCGAUCUUAGGCUGCCUGUGCUGAUGCGAGAUCGCCUAAUGCAGUUUGAGAACCGCUUGAUCAAGGGCUACGACAACUGCUACGUCGUCAACGGAGGUCAAGUGCAGAAAACCGUUGCCAAGGUGGCCAAGAUCGUGCAUCCGGAAUCCUGCCGGGUGCUAGAGGUCUGGACCAACCAGCCAGGCAUGCAAUUCUACACUGCAAACAAUUUAAACUCGAUUGUGGGCAAGAACUGCACUCAGUAUGUGAAGCACGGUUCGUUUUGCGUAGAGACCGAGAAGUUUCCUGAUUCCAUGAACCACCCGGAGUUCCCUUCUGUCAGCCUCGAGCCGAAUGAGAAGUACCGGCAUGAGGUCUGUUACUGGUUCAAGGUUGAAGAGUCCUGGAAGUGCUGUUGCAACAACAAUCCCUGAGUGUAGUCUAGAUCUCUCUUAAAUAAAGGUGGAUAUUCCACUUUUUCCCAACCCCGAAA